GAAGAACUAUAGCUCAGUGACAGAAGACGCUUGAGGAACACACUGGUGAUCACGAGCGAGGGAAUGCCAUUGCGCUUGUGUCCUGCUUGUGGGAGAAGGGUCCACUCUAACUUCGAACGAGCGUGUGCUUGGAAACUCCUCUUUGGUUUUGCAGACAUCUUAUUAUGGGCUUCAGAGCCAGCUGGCUUGGAAACCCCUUGUUCUCUUUACCAGAGUCUGGGUGACAGAAAAAUGGGCUUCCUGCUCAGAUCAGGCAACACUUUGUGCCAAAAGCAAUAGGGAAAACAUACAAGGCCAACAAAUACCCUGUGGCCUUGCUCGCACAGCCACCUUUUCCCCCUCCUUUCCUCAAAGUGGCUUCCCACUUGCAACAAGCAGCUUGCGGUUGUGGCAGCAUGACAGCAAACCUCAGCAUGAGCAUCUGAUCCGUGCAGUGCAACAUCACAACUUCUGCUCAUGGCAGGUGAGUCACAGAGCUUGUUUGCCAAGAGUAGGCCGUUUCUGUUGGCCAAAACUGUGGGAUGCAGCCACUCUGGGGAGGGACUGUGCCCUUAGCGUAAUUCAAUUCAAGCUGCCCAGAGUGGCUAGGGCAACCCAGUCAGAUGGGCAGGGUACAAAUAAUAAAUUAUUAUUAUUAUUAUAAUAAGGACAUAUUCCAGGCAGGCAAGAGCACUUCCAGAGUGUGUGGAGAGCGGGACUGAGGAGCGAUAUGUCCUGAAGGCCAGAGAGACCUGGAAAUUGUGAGUUUCCCCCAUACUUUUAUUUUCUGUAACAGCUGACAAAUUAUUUUUGUUAUUUUAAAGUUGUUCUUCAAAUUCUGGUCGCCGAGGCCUGGCUUACGCAUGCAGUGGGGCUUAUGUGGAUGCAAGAAGCAUGCAACAGGAAAUGAAGGAGAGAACCCAAAGAGGCAUUUAUCCAAAUUCAGACGUGAGAUGCUGCAGAAGAAAAAGAAUGAACUGGAUCAUCUUAGACAGAAGGUGAGUGACUCCAUUUUUCCAGUCUUCCCUUGAAACAGAAACCAGCACAACAGGCUUGAGCCUUGACUAGAAACUUCCUCCUUUACAUGUUAGCUUCCUACUUGCAGCAAAGGCUUUUUUCAAAUUGGGGAGCAUUCAGAUUGGCAUUCUGCCCCCUGCAAUCUGAAGUGGUACUUAGCAUUCCAGCGGCAUCCUUCCUACGUCAUCCCCUGCAUGUGUAGUGCUAGCCUCCACAGAAAACUCUACCCUUUGCAACCAAACCUGUGAUAUUCAUUCUUUGUAGGGAGCAUAUUGGUUUCAGCUCUCUGCUACAAUCGAGGCAGCUGCCUCUAGAAGGUCAGGUAGCUCUGUAAAUUGGAGGUUUUAAAAGACACCCCAGUUGUCACCAGAACUGGGUAUCUCAAUACAGGAAAGCCAGUGCAGGGACCACGGAAAUACUGGGCUAGCAAGCCACACUUGGCUCCCGUCGGGGGCAAACUCAUCCUUUGAAGCAGACACCCCCCAUGGCGCUUUCUGCUGGGGAAAACAACAGAGGCUGGACACUCUUGCCGCAGUAUGGAGUGCCAUUAAACACACUUGUCUGCAGCGAGAGCCUUACAAGCCAAGGGAAAGCAGGCACUUGUUUUGCUCUGCAAACAAAAGCAAUGGUUGUCAUGCACCCCACAUGUUUGAGCUCCCCCACCUUGUCUUAGCAGAAAAGAACAGCAGCAAUCUCCAGCCCGGAGCCGGGAUUAAUGGCAGCAUUUAAUUAUGCCACUCUGCAGCAGCAGCUGCUUUCGUUCCACAAGGAGUUGGGGAUGGAGUGUGCACAGGGGAAGCAAUCGUUAGGAGCCAGACAGAACCAUCAGAGUCAUGUUUACUCAGGGCUAAGCCCCACGGCGUUUAAUGGGACUUCCCUGCUAGUACAUGGGUUGAGGAUUUCAGCUUAAGGUUUCUCCAGACAGCUGUUCCACCUGCAGUUUUUGGAUUCGCCCCUUGAUCCUUCAGUUCCAUUGCCCACUUCUUCAGAUCCUUACCAAAAGACCAGGCUUGCUCAAAGAAAGUCUCUUUUGUUAGGGUUAGAUUACACUGAAGAGCCACUGCUUGUUGAAGUAGACAAUACUGAGUAAAAUAGACCAACGUACAAGGCAGCUUCCUGUGUUCCUUGUACAUAAGCCCCAGAGCUCCAUCAAAUCAUUCUCUGUGCUUGGAACAGAAGCCUGGGUGAGUCAAAGGUCCAUAGCAGCCAGGUAAUUUCAGAUGAUAGCUCCAUUUCAGCAGGGGCAGAUCUACUAUGAAACUAAUGAAGCUUAAACUUAUUGGCCCCUAAUCCUCGAGGGGCCCCAGAAGCGACUUAAGUCCACAUUACUUAAAAAUGUUGGGUCCAGUAGGCCCAAUUUGAGUCACAUGGCUCAAAUUGAUUAAUUUUUUGUUGUAUAUAUUUCAACAAUCCCAAAGUUUGAGAGUCAGUAGCACAGAUGUUGUAAAGGUGUGGUGCUCUGUCAUGGAACAACCCCACUGAAGAAGAUAAGAGUGGCUACCCAGGCCUCAUUGCAAAGGGACCCCCAUAAGAGUUUAAGCUUCAGGGCCCUGAAAUGUAGGUCCACCAGUGCUUUUGAGUCAAUUCUAGCCCUGCUCUCAUCACACAGUUUCCUUCCCAGUUGGCACCUGGGUCUAAGGCCCACCAGCUGGAGGUAUUUAAAGUCGGCAUCUCAUACUCCUCUUUGGGAUUUGGGGAGGUAAGGCUGGUUUCCCCCUAGCUGUGAGUGAUGCCGCCUGGGUGCCCCUUUCCACCUCAGCCAGAGGCAGGGCAACACUGAUCCCAGGGUUUCCUCAGGGAGAGAUCCAGCACUGCCUCUCAUUGUUCCCUGGCAGUCCAGGUGUGGCCAGGGGAUCACUGGAGGGAAUAGACUAGAACCCUCUGGAUAGGGAGGGUGCCUGCCUUCAGUCUCCCCCGGGGAGGUCUAUGAGGUGAGGGCUAGUCUUGAAGGGCGGCUUUCUCUCCUGGAGGGAGUUCAGCCACUAGUUGUAGGCUAUGUUAGACUCAGCUCUCCCCCUUCCUGAUUAACUCAGGGCUGCUUAAACCAGCUUCCUCCCCCUUCAUCAAGCCCAUAAUCACCAGCUGAGACUGUACUUGCCCAGCAGGCAGGCAUGUGAGAAGGCACCUUACUGCCUGGUGUUUGAUUGUGGGUGAUGUCUCUUGGUGACACCCCAGUGUGGCCAACCCCAUUGGAUCUGGCAGGAGCAAUGGAUGCUGUCUUAAAGGUACAGGCAGCACUGAUGCUGCUUGGUAGGGAGGGAGCCCUUGUAGCUCACCAAAACAGUCAUUACUUGUUGGUGAGGGGUGCAGCAAGAUCAAGCAAUCUUUGAGCCACCACAUUCAGGAUAGGAGAAACAGCAGACUUGCACCUGCAGUUUGAAGUGGUUCAGAAUAGCAAUGGGUAAAUCACAUCUGUCUCCUGAUUGGUGUUGUUUGGUUUUUAGUGUAUUAUUCCAUACUAUUUGGUCUUACCUGCAUGGGACCAAGAUACGAGCUGGCCAAGGGAACAAAAAGUCCAAUACAAUACACACUUAUUUUGCAGGUCUGUAGAGCACCAAGGCCUCACACCACCACCCAACCUGUGCUGUGCAUAUUUGGUGGAGCAACUCCAUUCCUGAACAAGCCUAUUCACUUUCAGGGUUGUUGUUUUUUUCCUCCACUGUGGUCAUUGGCACUAUCAGACCCCUCCCUUCAUCUAUAAAGGUCUUGCUAUAUCAUUGCACUUGCUUUAGGCUGCACCAUGCAGACUUGCUGAGGAGUCAGCCCUGCUGACCUCAGGACUUCCUUCUAAAUAAAACUGCAUAGAACCAACCUGUUAAUAAAGGAGAGGGCCAGUUGUCUAAUAAAAUGGAGAUUUAAUUAAGAAUGCCAAGCACUGGAUCUUACAGAGGAAAUUGAUCCGGGUUCUGGAGGUGCACUCCUGUGAAAUGUGAAACCCAAGCUGUUUUGCUAAGAAGGGAAUACAGUGGGAAAUAUUAUUCACACAAAAUUCACAGAAGAGUUGGGGAACCCUGUGAGUGUGCCACAUACCUGAACGUCCUUUAGACAGACAUUCUGGAAACACAGGAUAAAUGAUUAACAGACUCGGAAUGCAAUCCAUUGACAGAAGCCAGACGAGCGCAGACACAGAGCAUACCCAGAGAGAAGAGGCUGUGCAAUCAGCGUGACUGAGAGGAGAUUGAAACACAGAGGCAUUGUCUGCCACAAUGUCCCAUGUAUGAAAACGCCAGGAGAUGCUAUCGGUGGUUGUACAAGAUUUCACAUUGAAAGGGGAGGGGUUAAGGAUUGUGUCUGAUCCUGAGGGAAGGAAGAGAAACAUCGGAGGCAGUCAAAGGCUACACUACAUCGUGCAGCUGGAUAUGAAGAGUGGAUAAAAAGAAUGGGACUGCAAAGGUGGGGUCUUGACUUUACUGGACAGGGAGAUCUCUCUCUCUCUCUCUCUCUCUCUCUCUCUCUCUCUCUCUCUCCUUGAACUUAGGGUAAUUCAAUGAAAUUGACUGGCAGCCACCAAUUCAGACAUUAGACAAAAUAACAUCUUCACCUAACACAUAACCUAUGGAAUUCACUGAUGCAGGAUUUAUUGAUGACCAUGUGAUUUUGAAGAAGCAUCAGAAAAACAGGGGAGAUGGAAGUUGUCAAUGGCAACUCUCCACGUCGAGAGUUAGGAAUUUAAAUUUGCUUCCCUUGGGCUGCAUUCAUAUAACUGUCAGGCCAAUGAAACUGUGGGGGGAUAUUUUUGUUUGUUACUACGGUAUGCAUGUAUUUUUGUGUUUUUACAUUGUAAACCAC